AUGGAGCGGUAUUUGAGCUGUGCGGACAAGGCGGUCGGUGGUGGUCGGGUAGGUGAGUGGAUUGGUAGGUAUGAUGUCAUCGGCGAGGCCAAGACGAUGUGCGGAGUGGAGGGAAUCUUGAAAUGUUGCCGGCACGUGCCUUGGUUCUGGGUUUCCUUGUACAUACUGGGUGGUAUCCCUUCAUGGACACAAAAUUUCUCUAAAAGACGAAGGGAUGCAGGAGGUUCUGCAAUUAGAAUAGUAGACUCCCAAUUGCAAUCAAAAAACGCAUUUACAGCACUCCUCUCACCUCCUACCCCAUCACAAAACCCAUCAUCAAUCGAAUCCCAAACCAGCCCAUACAUUGUUCUUGAACCCCAACCCAGCUUCCACGAUCCUGCCUCCCACAACAUCCCUGUCGCAACAGACGUCACUACAACCUCUACGCUGCACGACCAACUCCAACUCCAGUUCCUUGCGAAAACCAAGGCAGAUCGACCGGUACUGGUUGUGCGCAUGGUAGAGUAG